CUCUGCCUCUUCCCUGCUCUGCUUUUCAUCUGUCCAUAUUGUCGGAAGUUUGACUUCUAAACUUCCUUCGAUAAUAUACGCUAUUAUAUAUGUAGUAGUUACAUGACACUAUCACUGGCUUGCCAAUCAAGAUGCCUGGCCGGCCAUGUUUCUGUUUUUGCUGCUGAGCAUUUUGGCUCUUGGGAUGACAGUUUGGAUUUUGAAGAAGGCCAACAGAGGCCUCAGAAUCCAAUUGAUGGAGGAACAAACAGGAGCUCUACGUUUUUCACAAGACUUGGAACAAUCCAACUAUGAACGAGACAAGUACCAUGGGUACUGGAACUCCACGUUCGAUGAGAACAUCACACUGCAACUGGAACUGGACAGCUUCAAUGAGCGACUUGAAGAAGCCCGUACGGCAGAUCGUCAAUCGAUCCGGGGUGCCAAAGGCCUUUUGGACAGGGCAUUGGAUGAAAUGGUGGAUUUCCGUGAGAUGCAUGGAUUUCAUACCCCACAUGGCCGUUGCUGGCACGUGACUCCUCACUGGCCAAUGCGCCAAGGAUCGAUGAUCGAGCCUCUUGCAGUGUUUGUUUCAACACCCAUGUGACGCCCCUGAAGAGACACCAGGACACUGGCACGACUUUUGAGGAAGACUGCAGAGAGUUCUUCUGCAGACAUGGGGGUCGUGAGGCCUACAUGCACACUAUCAUAUACUGAGAGCCGGGAGUUUUUCACUUUUGACCCUUUUUGCUCCUGUGUUGAUUGCACUCCAUGCACUCAUUCAACCUUGAGCAUUUGAGUUUUACCACGUCUGCUGGCCGCAAUUUCCUUUCCUCUCAAGUGGGAGGGCACUAACGCCGACAACAAGCUACGCGUGACAAAGGACUUCGUGUGCCUGGGUGCUGCUUUUUCAGGAGACCUAGUUUGCUCCGAACUUGGUUUGGCAUUACUACCAAAUCACAACUAGGUUUAACAAACGUGAAAUCUCCCAUGGAAAUAUUCGCAGACAAAGGUUGGUUGCAUCCCUCCAUUAUUCAUGAAAUGGCUGUUGCUCAUGGUUUAACACCUGUUUUUGAUGCUUCUCUCCCCCAAUUCCUCUUGGUUUAAGCAAAUCGUGCUGAUCCUGAUUUCUAGUCGCUUUUAUGGUGGCACUAAGGGGCAGACUUACCAAGGUGAGUUCACAAGUCCCACAAGUCUUUCCAGUCAAGGACUUUGUGUGUUGUGAAAAGAACAAUCCAAGGCAAAAACCGAAUUAAUUAACAAAAACUCAUGUUUAGCUGUUUUGUCAAGUUUUGUCCGUUUUUCUGGCUACAUGGCUUUCUUUUCCUGUUUGUUCACUAUUGUGUUCUGUUUUGCUCCUAUUUUUCCAAUGUUUUGUGUAAUCCGCUCCAACCCCCACUCUCAC